AUGAGGGAAAUCGUCCAUAUCCAGGCUGGACAAUGCGGCAACCAAAUCGGCGCUAAGUUCUGGGAGGUUAUCUCCGAUGAGCACGGGAUCGAUCCCACUGGCGCCUAUCGGGGCGACUCCGACCUGCAACUGGAGCGAAUCAACGUGUACUACAAUGAGGCUUCUGGGGGCAAGUACGUUCCCAGGGCGAUCUUGGUGGACCUGGAGCCCGGCACUAUGGACUCCGUGCGCUCUGGCCCCUUCGGGCAGAUCUUCCGCCCGGACAACUUUGUCUUCGGCCAGUCCGGGGCGGGCAACAACUGGGCCAAGGGCCACUACACCGAAGGGGCGGAGCUGGUCGACUCUGUGCUGGAUGUCGUGAGGAAAGAGGCGGAGGGCUGCGACUGCCUGCAGGGCUUCCAGCUGACCCACUCGCUGGGCGGCGGCACGGGCUCCGGAAUGGGCACGCUGCUCAUUUCGAAGAUUCGUGAGGAGUACCCGGACCGCAUCAUGAACACGUUCUCCGUGGUGCCCAGCCCCAAAGUGUCUGACACGGUUGUUGAGCCGUACAACGCCACGCUGUCCGUUCACCAGCUCGUCGAGAACACCGACGAGACGUACUGCAUCGACAACGAGGCGCUGUACGAGAUCUGCUUUAAGACGCUGAAGCUCACCACGCCGACGUACGGCGACCUGAACCACUUGGUGUCCGCCACCAUGUCGGGCGUGACGACGUGCCUCCGCUUCCCCGGCCAGCUGAACGCCGAUUUGAGAAAGCUGGCGGUGAACAUGGUGCCGUUCCCGCGGCUGCACUUCUUCAUGCCGGGCUUCGCGCCGCUCACGUCGCGCGGCAGCCAGCAGUACCGCGCCCUCAGCGUGCCGGAGCUGACGCAGCAGAUGUUCGACGCCAAGAACAUGAUGGCGGCGUGCGAUCCGCGCCACGGCCGAUACCUGACCGUCGCCGCAGUUUUCCGCGGCCGCAUGUCCAUGAAGGAGGUGGACGAGCAGAUGCUCAACAUCCAGAACAAGAACAGCAGCUACUUCGUCGAGUGGAUACCGAACAACGUGAAGACGGCCGUCUGCGACAUCCCGCCGAGGGGGCUCAAGAUGUCUGCGACUUUCAUUGGGAAUACGACCGCCAUCCAGGAGCUGUUCAAGAGGAUUUCGGAGCAGUUCACGGCUAUGUUCAGGCGGAAGGCCUUCCUCCACUGGUAUACUGGCGAGGGCAUGGAUGAGAUGGAGUUCACGGAGGCCGAGAGCAACAUGAACGACCUGGUGUCUGAGUACCAGCAGUACCAGGAUGCGACGGCCGACGACGAGGGAGAGUUUGAGGAGGACGUUGAGGAG